CCUGGGCGCGUUGGCUAACGUGCGUCAUGGCUGAAGUCCCAGAGUAUUACGAUUCCGGCCCAGUUGAAGGAGAAGAUCUGGAGUAUGAGGUAGUCGACCUACCAACGUCUCUUAAAGUGGCUCAAGAUGCCGAAGCUGACACCAUGGCAGAGGUAGGCCCGGAGCUACCUGUAGAGCUUGACCAGGAACCCCAGCCAGAGACGGAGGAUAAAGACCUCGAAGAAGUGGGGGUGCGAAAGAAUGUACACCUACACGUAAAACCAACCGGCACGUCCAAGGAGGAGAUUCCCGAGGAGUCUGAGAGAGACCUUCCUAGAGAGACUGAUCCAGGGAUGCCGCAGGAGGCGAAGUCAGAGACAUUGAGAGAGAUGGGAGGAGAGCUUUUCAAGGAUUUGCAGGUCCUUAUGGAUGAUAAAGAGGAGCCAGAUUUAGAGCCACCGGAGGAGGCCAAAAUAGGUGUUACGGAGGAUGUACUUAUAGAGUCAGAUAAGGAAACAGAUCCGGAGCUACCAGAGGAGACAGAGUCUGAAGAUUCAGGGGCGUCAAUCAGUGAGACAAGAUUAGAGUUGCUAGAACAGACCAUACUGGAGGUUCUGGAGGAUUCACUGAAAGAGCAAUAUGAAGAAACAGGUCCAGAACCUCCGGAGCAGACCAAACCUGAAUUUCCAAGUGAGAAACUAAGAAAAUCAAUUGAAGAGGCAGAUCUACAGCCGCCAAAGAUGACCGUUCCAAAGGAAGCACAAAGAAAAUCACCCGAGGAGAAAGGGAGGGAGCCAUCUGAGCAGGCCAGACCAGAGUUUCCAGAAGGGAAACCAAGAGAAACUGAAGAGGCAGGUCUAGAACCUCCAGAAGAAACUAAACCAGAGGUUCCACAGGAGAUACAAAGAAAAGCAACUGAGGAGAAAGAGACAGAGCCACCUGAACAGACUAAACCAGAGUUUCCAAAGGAGAAACAAAGUAAGUCUACUGAGGAGGCAGGUGUAGAACCACUAGAAGAGACUAAACCAGAGAAUCCAGAGGAGGACCAAAGAAAAUCAACUGAGAAGAAAGAGACAGAGCCACCUCAGCAGACCAAAUCAGAGUUUCCAGACCAGAAACCAACUAAGUCUAGUGAAGAGAGAGGAAGAAAGUCAACUGAGGAGAAAGUUCCAGAGCCACUUGAAGAAACCAAAUCAGAAUUUCCUGAGGAAAAAUCAAGAAAAUCAAUUGAGGAAACAGGUCUAGAGCCAUCAGAAAAGACCAAACCAGAAGUUGAAGAGGAGACCCAGAAAGAGUCAACUGUGAAGAAAGUUUUAGAAGCACUAGAGGACACUCAACCCUCAGAGCAAAAAGAUAAGCAAAGAAAAUCAACCGAGGAGACAGGACUGGCACCACCACAGAAGUCCAAAUCAGAGGAGACAGUAAGAGACUCAACAGAGGAGAAAGGUCUAGAGCGAAAGUUUCCAAAGAAAGAACCAAGAAGAUCAACUGAGGAAACAGGUCAAAUGCCACCACAGAAGACCAAAACAGAGGUCCAAGAGAAGACACAAACAGAGGAAACUGAAGAGAAAGAUCUAGAAUUACCAGAUAAAGCCCAACUACCACUAAGAAUAGUGUCAUCUACAGAAUUUUUCAAGGAAGAUAGGGCAAAACCAGUCAAAUUUAAGUAUUCCCUAGACAAGGAUGAGCUAGAACACUCUGACUAUCAAACGAGAAAGUGGUCAUUAAAAGAAACCAAGAAAGCUAAAAAAGAGUCUAUGUUCGGGUCUCUCACAAUAAGUGAAGUAGACUCAGUGAGUGUAAGUUAUGAGUUUUCUAAGGAUUUUAAAGGACUGUUUGAGGUUACCGAUAUCAGUGAUGAUUUAUACCCUUACCUCUCAGACUCUCAGAGGGAUUUGAGAGAGUCUUUUAGUGAAAAAGUUGUAGCUUUGUCCCCAGAGUUGAAACAGGUACAUAAAGAUGAAGAAACCCAGCCAAAAGGAAGUGCUGAGCUACAAUUUGAGUAUCUUAAGUGGAGCCCAGAGAAAGUUGCAGAGUGGAUUAGUGAGCUAGGCUUCCCUCAAUACAAGGAAUGUUUUACCACAAACUUCAUCUGUGGUCGAAAGCUCAUUCAUGUAAACUGUUCAAACCUCCCUCAGAUGGGGAUAACUGAUUUUGAGGACACGAAGGCAAUUUCUCGGCAUACACGGGUGCUCCUGGGAAUUGAAGAGCCAUUGUUCAGUCGCACCAUCGCCCUGCCCUACAGGGACAAUAUUGGCUUAUUUUUAGAGCGAAAAGGUCAUAGUGGGGUAAAAUCUGAUUCCUUGACCUUCUCUGAAUUUGUGCAAGCAGCAGGAUUACAGGAUUAUGCUCCAAAAACAACCGCCCCUGAAGAGAAUGAAGCAUUGCAUUACACUGAACCAUAGAGAAAAGCUGUUUCACUUACCUUGAAAGAUCAAACUAAACUACUUGGGGGAAAGAA